UGUACGAGGUGGUGAAAACCCGGUCGAAAUUUGAAGACGGACCCAGCUUUGUUGCGUAUGUUGAUUAAAUAAAUAUCGUCAGUGCAGUUUGUUGAUGCCGUGUGUAAAUUGUCUUCACAAAGUUUAAAGGUCGAGAUUCUAUUCCUGAAGUCGAAGUUAAACGUUCGAAUCGGUACUGAUGCCUCUGUCGGAUAGGUCCAGCUCUGACGGCGGCGGGCGUCAGAGUCCUCGGCACCGUAGACCUCGCACUCGCUCCCGUAGCAGACAUCGCAGCGACAGUGGUGACCGAAGUCUUUCCCCUGAUAGCUUUGGACCCAAACUCCCGAAACCUCGAAACCGGGAGAAAGAACACGAGGAGCGAGAGCGUCGAUUCCGAGAGGCAAAGAACAUCCGACGGUUCCGCAUCGGAAGCCCUCGACGCAGCAGGUCGCGAUCACGGUCUCGAUCGCGGGAUAGAGAUCGUCGAAACUACAGUAACAACACAAACAGCAGCUACAACAAUUGGCCCGAACACAGAGAGGGAGCCGGGAAACACGGCUUCAAAGAUGAUUAUUACUAUGAUCAGCAGCGGGACGACGCUCAGAGGCAGAGACAGGAAGCUUUCAUGGCAAGGCGUCUCAAUGAACGGGAGCGGAUUGGUGAGUUGGGUUGUCCUGAAGUUUGGGGAUAUUCACCGAGAGUAAAAGAACCAGACUCUGAUGAGUUCACUCCAGUUGAAGAGGAGAAAAACAGCAGCUCAGAGUCCAGCUCAGAAGAAGAAAAGAAGAAGAAGAAAAAGAAGAAGAAGAAGAAAUCAAAGAAAAAGAAAAACAAGAAGCACUCCGAGGACAGUGAUUUGGAAUCUGACACGGAUGAUGAGGAAAUAAAGAAAAAGAAGAAGAAAAGCAAGAGCAAAAAGUCAAAAAAGUCCAAGAAGAAGAAGGCGAAGAAGAGUCGUAAAGAGUCGAGCGACUUUAGCAGUGAAGAAUCUGAGGAAGAGGAAAAUGCUGGCGGAGUUACGUGGGUGGAAAAAAAUGGUGUGGAUGACGACAUAGUCGGACCUGAAGCUCCUCUAACCUCCAUGUCCCAGGACGACAAGCCUCUGGAUUUUGGUCACGCUUUGCUGCCAGGUGAAGGUGCUGCCAUGGCUGAGUACGUCAAAGCUGGAAAAAGAAUUCCGAGAAGAGGAGAGAUCGGUCUCACCAGCGAUGAGAUUGCAAACUUUGAGAAGUCUGGUUACGUAAUGAGCGGUAGCAGACACCGUCGCAUGGAGGCCGUGCGUCUGAGAAAAGAGAACCAGAUCUACAGCGCGGACGAAAAGAGAGCGUUGGCCUCCUUCAACCAGGAGGAGAGAAGGAAGAGAGAGAGCAAGAUCCUGUCGGGCUUCAGAGACAUGGUAUACAGGAAAACCAAAGGAAAGGAGGACAAAUAAAACUGUGCAAAUUGGUUUUUAUUUUUUGGUUUUUUUUGGUUUUUUUUAUCACAUACUUAUUGUCUGCAAUUCAGAUGUUGGUUUGGGGAACGGUCACUAUUAGGUUUAUAGACAGAGAAUAUCACCUGAAAGUAGAUAAGUUAUAUCUACUUUCUUAGCGAUACAGCCUACUUAAUCCCUAAUGUACAUGUUUUUGAGGAGGAAACUGUAAAACCAAAACGUCCAAAAAAAAUAAUAAAAAUCAUCCGGCAGUU